AUGGUCGAUGCUAGGCGUACAUCGGGUCUUUUCAUUUCCUUACAACGCAAUGUGCGCGCGCAGUGCGCGUCUGCAUAUGUAAACUUCAGAAAGAUUAAGCACCCUGGACGACUCAGCAUCUGGCUCUUGGGAGCGGGCAAGUCGAGAGAGCUAUUCCAUGGCCUCCUGCCCCGCCUCGCCCCCGAAGCCUCCGUCUGUCUGAUCGCUCCGAACAUCGCACUGGCGCGGAAGUACCACGAAGAGACCAAGAGGAAGGGCCUGGACUACGUCUGCUACCUCGACGAGCCUGGGGGGAAGAUCAGCGCACGGCGGGUGGUGGUCUGUGUCAACUCCUUACCGAGAGUGCUGCCGCGCUUCGACAUGGUGGUCAUGGACGAGGUCAACUUCACGCUGACCAACAUGGCGUCCACAGUUAUGAAAGACAAGAAGCAGGCCCUGCGGCACACAAGCCGCUUCUACACCAUCCGGAACCGUGGCGUCUGGCCCUCGUCGCGAAAGGCCUUCAUAUUGCCGAUGCCCGGGCCGUUGGUGGGAAGAGGGCAGCCAAAAGCCACAUACUCUCUCGUGGUCGAUGGUAUCGUGGACCUCGUCGCAAGCGGGAAGACGGUCAUGAUACCCGCCACGAGUAAGACGUUCGUGGAGCUCCUGGAGGUGGAGUUCAAGGCCCGACUCCCGGGGAAGAAUCUCAUCGCCUUCCACGGAGCUAAGAGAGAGGGGGCCGACAAGAGACUGCUGCAGCAUGCGAUUUCCAACCCGAACGAUGCGCUUAUCGCCGAUUGCCUCGCAUUCACGCCCACCAUAGGCCCCGGUGUUUCUAUCGAGAAGAAGGGGAGCUACGAUUUGGUAAUCGGGGUGGCGGUCAACUCCGACAACCACCCCGACGCCCAGGUGCUGAUGCAGCAGAUUCAGAGAGCUCGCGAUGCCGGCGACAUCCGGAUUUACUACGGCGAGAUCCAGAGCCGUCGGAAGGUCGCCUACCCUACCACCAAGGAAGAGGUGUUCCAGAUGCUAGAGAACAGCGAUCUGCAGCUCGCAGACUUGAUGCAAGGGGUCUCCGUGGACCAUCUGGACAUGCUGCGGGCUGCCCCCGGAGAGCGUGCUAUCUAUGACAGGAGCUCUGCAACGUGCAAUCUGUACGCCAACAACCUGCUGGGCCGUCUACAGAGCCGGCAGUACUACAUUCAUCUCUUGACAGAAGACCUUCGGCGACAGGGGGUGACUGUGGUCAACCAGUUGAACGUUCGAACAUGGGGAGGGGAUGCAGAAGUUGAGCUGGUGGCGAAAGAGGAGCUCGUCGACGAAACGAUCGAGCAGUGGCGCGAGAGACACCUCGUCUCGUGGGAGCAAUUUGAGCGGAUAAGGGGAAUGAUGAGCUCUCCGUCCGGGGGCGUAAGCAGACAGGACGUCCUGAGGUAUGAGAUAUUCGAUGCAGCCGUUUUCUGCUACGGGAUUCAGUAUGAAAAGGUCGACCCCGAGUUCGUGGCUGAGUUCGUCCAGGGAAAGCACGCGAAGGACCUCAUGACGAAAUUCAAGAGCUACGAGAGGUUCGUGACUUCAACGUAUGCCUCUACCAUCGGGACCCUCAGCGCGGCUAUCGAGGAGGGGGAGCAGAAGCGGAACAUCCAAGAGUACCUUGAAGUCAGGGAUAGGUCGGCAAACGGGAUCACGUAUGCCUGGUGCGUGUUGGCAGCCUUAGUGGGUAUACCUGCUGAGAAGGUUGAGAACACGGUGUUCGGGAGCUACAAGAUUGUGGAUGGACGGUUGGGGGAGGAGAUGCUGUCCGCGGUCUUUGACAUGGACGACUUUAACAUGUCUGCUUCGCUCGAAACCCUCGAGAGGUUAUUCAAGCCGCGGACGUCGUUCGCUGGGAAGGAACUGACGAUCACACGGAGGAGGAACGUGAUCAAGAUGGUCUUGGAGGGAGGCUUAGGUCUGACGAUACGGUUGGCACACUUUUCAAACGGGUGUCGUCGGGGAUUUCACCGGAUAGUCCCCAUACAGAAGUGGAGGGCCCUGGAUGAACGGUACGGAGGGCUGAAGGACAAACUGGUCGAGAAAAAGAGCAAGCCUUGUCUCGUGGAAAUCGAUGAGUAG